AUGAGUUUAACACCACCUCAGAAUCGAGGCAUGACAGCCUUGAACAGAGAUGCAUUCAAAAAGACAUUUACAACACUUGCCAUUCGAGCUCCAAAUCAACUAGUGAAGCCAUUGAUGACACAAUUAGAGGAUGAAUUAUUGAAUCAACCACGAAUUCGUAAUGUAGUUUCGGAUGGCACACGGACAGAUACAAAGUUAAUUUUAUUAAGAUUAGAUAUCAGAGAUAUCAAGGAGUCAUUCCCAGACAGCAAGUCUGAUCUCAUCAAGCAACUAGAUAUCGUUGAGCAUGAUUUUGAGGUGGAUUACGAUUAUUGGACUACUGAACAAAUCUUGUAUUCCGUGAUGCCUGAAGGCGACGCUGAAACUCCUUCUUCAUUUACAACCACCGGCCACAUUGCUCAUGUCAACCUCAAAGAGGAGAACAUGCCCUUCAAGCGGUUGAUUGCUCAAGUCAUUUUGGAUAAAAACAAGAAAAUUAAGAGCGUUGUAAACAAGACGAACCAGAUUGACAACACCUAUAGAAACUUUCAAAUGGAAGUCUUGGCAGGGGAUACCAAUAUGAUUACAGAACUGAAAGAGAAUGAUUGCAAAUUCAAAUUUGAUUUCUCCAAGGUGUACUGGAACUCAAGGUUACAAGCAGAGCAUCGUAGACUGGUAGGCCUCUUUAAGAAGGGAGACUAUAUAUGUGAUGUGAUGGCAGGUGUGGGACCCUUUUCCGUUCCUGCAGCUAAAAAAGGUGCCAUUGUCUAUGCGAAUGAUCUCAAUCCCGCUUCGUAUGAAUCGCUAUGCGAGAACAUUAGACUCAACAAGAUCCAUCAACAUAUCAAGGCCUACAAUAUGGAUGGACGUGCUUUCAUUAAGCAGGCAGUACGCGAUCUGUCUAUUGAAACAAAGGAUGAUCGUACAUUUGAUCAUUUUAUUAUGAAUUUACCUGCAACUGCAAUUGAGUUUCUAGACGCUUUUAAGGGCAUUUACAAUGGCAGAAAUAUCAGUUCGGAUAGACUCCCGAUGAUUCAUGUUCAUUGUUUCACAAGAAGCUCGGAUCCUCAUCAAGACAUUGAGCAGCGCGUAUGUCAAAUCAUGGGAGGUCCGAUCGAUAGAGCAUCCUGCCAUCUGCAUUGGGUGCGCACUGUUGCUCCCAAGAAGGACAUGUAUUGUAUAUCAUUCCGUCUGAGUCCCGACAUUGCCUUCUUGUAG